AUGCUAAGAUCGCUUAUCAACAGACGCACCUUUAGUUCCUCUGCUUUACGUUUAGCUGCGAAGAAACAGCAUGAUGUUGUGGUUAUUGGAGGUGGUCCAGGUGGCUACGUUGCAGCAAUUAAAGCAGCACAGUUAGGGUUCGAUACGGCGUGUGUUGAGAAAAGAGGCAGACUUGGCGGUACGUGUUUGAAUGUCGGUUGUAUUCCUUCAAAGGCCUUGCUGAACAAUUCGCAUCUGUACCACCAGAUGAAAAGUGACGCCAAGAAUCGUGGUAUCGAUGUCAAGGGGUCAGUCGAGAUUAACGUUGAACAGUUCCAAAAGGCUAAGGAUACCGUGGUUAAACAGCUGACUGGUGGUAUUGAGAUGCUUUUCAAGAAAAAUGGCGUCACAUAUUAUAACGGUAACGGUUCCUUCGAAGGUGAGCACAGUAUUAAAGUUACGCCAGUGGAAGGUGUUGAGGGCACAGUCAAAGAGGAAAGCAUCCUGGAGGCCAAAAACAUCAUUGUAGCAACUGGUUCAGAGGUCACUCCAUUUCCAGGUGUCACGAUUGAUGAGGAGAGAAUCGUUUCAUCCACAGGUGCUCUUUCUUUGAAGGAAAUUCCUAAGAGAUUGGCUAUCAUUGGUGGUGGUAUCAUUGGUCUUGAAAUGGGUUCCGUCUACAGUCGUAUUGGUUCGAAAGUUACUGUUGUUGAAUUUCUACCAAAGAUUGGUGCUUCCAUGGAUGGUGAAGUUGCAACUUCUACCCAAAAAUUUUUGAAGAAGCAGGGUCUAGACUUCAAGUUGAACACUAAGGUUAUCUCGGCUGAAAGAAAGGGUGAAGUUGUCCAAAUCGCUGUUGAGAAUGCCAAGAAUGGUAAACAAGAAACUAUUGAAGCCGAUGUUUUACUAGUUGCUAUUGGUAGAAGACCUUACGUGCAAGGACUAAAUGCCGAAAAAAUCGGAUUGGAAGUCGAUAAAAAGGGACGUCUCGUUAUCGAUGAGAACUUCAGUUCGAAGCACUCUCAUAUCAAAGUUAUUGGUGAUGUUACUUUUGGUCCAAUGUUAGCUCAUAAAGCGGAAGAGGAGGGUAUCGCGGCCGCUGAAAUUUUGAAAACUGGACAUGGCCAUGUCAAUUACAACAAUAUUCCAUCAGUUAUGUAUUCACAUCCAGAGGUUGCUUGGGUUGGUAAAACCGAAGAGCAAUUGAAAGAGGCCGGUAUUAAAUACAAAGUAGGUAAAUUUCCCUUUAUUGCAAAUUCAAGAGCAAAGACUAAUUUAGACACUGAAGGUUUUGUCAAAAUCAUCAUUGAUGCAGAAACUGAACGUCUAUUAGGUGCUCAUAUUAUUGGUCCAAAUGCUGGUGAGAUGAUCGCAGAAGCUGGUCUUGCAUUAGAAUAUGGUGCUUCCGCUGAAGAUGUUUCAAGAACUUGUCAUGCUCAUCCAACCUUAUCGGAAGCAUUUAAAGAAGCAUGCUUGGCUGCUUUCGACAAGCCAAUCAAUUUUUAA